GUGGUCUUUCACCUCACUCCUCCUCAAAUUCUCGCUAUCCUUUCUUCAGAGCAGCCAGUCUUUAACGUUGCCCAAAAUGCCGCUCAAUUAUGCCAAGUGGGACGCUUUGGAGCUUUCGGACGAUAGCGAUGUAGAGGUCCAUCCCAAUGUGGACAAAAAGUCCUUCAUCAAGUGGAAGCAGAGGGAUAUUCACGAGAAGCGGGCUCAAGCCAAAGCUGAUAUGGAAGGCUUGCAAAAGGAAUUGGAACUGAAUGCGAAUCUGGAUGGUCAGCUUAGCAAGGUCAUCGACGAUCUUGGAAGCACCGGCUCCUCUUCCUACUCGCAGCUCGUUUCGCGCUUGACAGGGGAGCGCGAAUCUUCCGGCAGAGCUUCUUCUGCUCCCUCGCCCGAAGACAUGGUCCUCUCGCUGCUCUUGCAAAUCAACGAGGAAUCUCGCGUAAAGGGCAAGUCAGGCCUGGAAUUGGAUGAUGCUCUCAGUCAAGCUGUGAAGGAUCAUCGCGCAAAGUUGGCUCAGAGAACAAAAGAUGCGAAGCAGGAAUUGGACAAGCUGAAGGAGGAUGAGAAGCGCAAAAUUACCAGCGAGGGCAUCAAAGAAGGCUGGAGCUCAGGACAUGUCACCAAAGCUGAGGAAGCAGCACCUUCCUCAAAGACGCCUUCGCAAAAAAAGACAGAGACGACGUACGAGACGAUCAAUUCUCCCAGUUCUUCCAGCGUCGCCGCCCCGGCAGGCAAAGCAGCCACGGAAGAUCCAGACGACGAUGCCGAGGUGCCUACGCUCUCGAGCACAAUGUCCCGAUUCAUCGAUCUGGAUCCACCCUGCAUUUCCUCUUCCAUCCCAUUCGCCACCGCCUCUCUACCCCCGACUUGGAAUCCCAAGAAAGAUCUCUCGGUCGAUGCUUUUGAGAAAGCAUAUGCUUUCUUGAGGGACAAUCGCAAGGAACUCAUCAGACCUGGCGUAACCGAUGCGCUACUGGUGGAAGCCUUCCAGGCUUGUAUGCGCGGAGACCGGAAGAGAGGCAGGCGAGCUACUGAAAAGGGCCUCAUGCUCCAGUAUUGCGACAAGUUGGGAAAGGACGGCGUGAUGCUCUUCUUCCAGCGCAUGCGAGGAACGGACGGGCGGGCCGCAGCGGUCUACUUCAACGACGUGCUGAGCACGUUUGCCCGCAUAUACACGCGCUCGCAGCAAUUGGCAGCCGAGCAAUCCAACACGAGCUCGUCAGCGGAUGGAGCAGGUCAAGAACAGAUUCAGCUAGUCGCCGAAGAUCCGUCCACCAUCAUCGGUUUUGAGGUGCCCGAUGGUCCACCCCCUGAUCACAUCGAGUUGGAGGGCGAAGGAACAGAGGGCAUGGAUGUAGAGAAAGUCAGAGAGUUCCUGCAGAAGAGAUGGGAUAUAUUCGCGGCGUUCACUGAUGAGAUGAAGGAAGCUUUGAAGAGCAAAGAGUUGGACAAGGUGAACAAGGUGCUCGGAGAAAUGCCGGUCGAAGAGGCUGAAGAGUUGGUCGCCAAGCUCGAUGAGGCUGGCAUUUUGAGCUUCAGCUCUAGCGAGGUCCGAGAUGAGACUGGCAAAGCUUAGACUGUUCGCAAUGAUCACGAACAUCGAAGCACUCGAUCGAUGCUAUGUUGUCUCGUAUCGAGCAUUGCUGAGCGCGGCGUAGCUAUCAAAUGACUUUUGCGAGU